AGCUCCGUACCCCUAUCGGGUAAAUACCACCAGCUUGAACCUUCGCCGUUUAAAUCCCCACUGGGCCGGUGUAGUUCGCCUCAAACGCUUGCCAUGUCGCAUCCAAGGUCAGCCGCCCAUCCACCACGAGGAAAACACCAGUACUUUGCUGACAUCAACCCUCCUUUGCUUCCCUAUUCGAGGAGGGUUGUCUUCCGCGAUGAAUACUUAAAGGGUAUCCAUUCCUGCCGUUGUUAGUUUGAGCCAAAGUGUCUUUAUCCAUUCGCAUCAUCGUCUUGACUUUUUCCUUUCUUUUUCUUUUCGCAUUUAAUAUUAUUGCUUAUAACUAUUCUUGUCGGCCGGUCCGUCUUUCUACCCAUCCAUCAUGAAGUUCUCCACGGCGCUCGCCUGUCUGGCCACCACUACAGCCACCAUCCGCGCCGCUCCCAGCCCACACAUGUGCAACACACAGGUCGCCAUCGGCGACCUCGUCCCGGAAUUCGGCGUCGUCCCCGGCACCGACCGCGACGUCAUCCAGACGGGCAGCUGCAGCGGGUUCAACGGGAAGGAGCGGAUCCCGAUCCCCUGCUCCUGCCCCCCCGGCCGGGACGAGUUCGUCGCCAGGCUGGAAGCCGCUCUGCUGGUGGGGAACGUGUUUGGAGAUCCCAUAUCUUUCAGCAGUGAUGCGUCGGACCAGUCUGUCGACACCAACCGGGCGCGUGCUACAGCUUCUGUCAUUCUCCUGCAGAGCUUCAACGGGAAGAAGGGUGACGGGUGCCCUGUCGCUGCUGCGCCGAACUUGAUGACGAUGCAGGUCACUGGCGUUAGGAGCGAUAAAAUAUUCGUGGGAUGAUUAGACAGUGACGAUUCAUUGUGUUUCGUUCCGAAGGUAUUAGACUGUGUUCUUAAGCCUGGCGCAACUCUCGCUGAUAUAAUUAUUUGAGGGGAUAAAAGUAAUUCUGCCUCCAUCUCGAUUUAGGACAUGGCAUGGAAACACUGACGUGAUCAUGAGACUUGGAAAUUCUGACCCAUACCUCUUCUUUGCUUUUGGUUUGGGCUCGAAGCUAUUUACAGGAGAUGAU